AUGUGCCGCGUCGUACUGCUCGACCAAACCCAGUACGUCAAUCAUCAGUUGGGAGAGGGGCUCCCUAGCAUCCCAGGACGAGGUAACUCGUCCGACGUCCGUUCACAUCGUGGUGGUUCGACAGCUGCUCAACCAGAUAGCGCUGGCCACCGCGAGAGUUCUUCAAUGGAUGUGGAGGAGAAGGGAAAACGCUCUUCAAACUAUCGUGGGGAAGCGUGUGUCCCCGAGAGCCUCUUUGAUCGCGUAACGCUUGCGUUACGCGGCGAUCUCGAACAUGAGCGGGACAGGCGUCUCCAACUGGCGGACGCUGUCUUGAAGCAUCGAGCUGAGUUUGCCUUUGCUAAGCUUGAGAACGAGAGAGCUUUGACAUCUCUGCGUGACGAGCUAAGGGUAGCUCGUGUGGAUAUUGACCGGUCUCGGGCUGAGAUAACUGCUCUUCAGACCCUUGUUGAUGUCCACCAUUGGGAGCACAAGGCCCUCUGUGAGAUGCUUGAGCGCAAGGGCGUUCUUCAUCGGAAGAAACAGCGUACUGAUGGUACGGCUUAA